UCAACUGAUGGACGGCUCUGAUCCAUUAUUCCUAUCCUAUAGCUCAUCUUCUGUGUGUCUUUGACUUCCCUACUUGUUUCUAACCCUAAUAUAUAUCCAUUCUCUUAAUUCCGCUUCUCCUUCGUCUGCAUCUUCAAUUCCAGAGUUUGGGGACGCAGCAGCAGAUUCGAGAAAAGGUUCAAACAUUGUUUUCAGAUGGCAACUCACGAAACUGAUGGAAAUUCCCUUUCUCCAUCUCGUACAGAAUCACCCGAACCAGCAGCCAUGCAGGAGAAGUCUCACAAAGGUUCCUCAAGUUCUGGAUCCAAGCAUGAAUCUCGUGAACAUGCUAGAGAUAGGGAGAGAGAGUCCUCUAAAAGCAGAGACAGGGAGAGGGAAAGAGGUCGAGAAAAAGAUAGAGAUAGGGACAAAGAGAAGGAUAGGGAGCGAGAAAGGGAGAGGGACAAAGACAGAGAUAGGGAAAGGGAUAAGGACAGGGAAAGGGAACGGGACAAAGAUCGUGAUCGGCAUCACCGAGAUCGCCACAGAGACCGAAGUGAGAGAAGGGAAAGGACCAGAGAUAGGGAUGAUGAUGAUGACUACUACCGUAGCCGAGACUAUGACAGGCGGAAAGAUUAUGACAAAGGUAGGGAGGAAAGACACAGGCACAGAUCAAGAUCUCGUUCUAGGGCUAAAUCUGAGCACAGAUCAAGGUCACGGUCUCGUUCACGUUCCAAAAGCAAAAGGAUGAGUGGUUUUGACAUGGCUCCUCCUGCUGCAUUGCUUCCAAAUACUGCCGCUGCUGUUGCAGGUCAGCUUCCGGGAGUCACCCCCACCCUUCCUGGAAUGUUCCCCAAUAUACUACCUUUGCCAGGAGGACAGUUUGGAGCCCUCCCUGCGAUGCCUGUGCAGGCAAUGACUCAGCAGGCUACCAGACAUGCUCGCAGGGUCUAUGUUGGCGGACUUCCACCAACUGCUAAUGAACAGUCUGUGGCAACAUUCUUCAGUCAUGUUAUGUCAGCAAUCGGAGGAAAUACUGCCGGUCCAGGAGAUGCCGUUGUGAAUGUUUACAUUAACCAUGAGAAGAAAUUUGCUUUUGUGGAGAUGAGAUCAGUUGAGGAGGCUAGCAAUGCAAUGGCUUUAGAUGGCAUUAUUUUUGAGGGUGCACCAGUUAAAGUGAGAAGACCGAGUGACUACAACCCUUCGCUUGCUGCCACUCUAGGCCCCAGUCAACCUAAUCCCAAUCUGAAUCUUGCAGCUGUUGGGUUGACACCAGGAUCUGCUGGGGGGCUUGAGGGUCCCGACCGCAUAUUUGUUGGUGGGUUGCCGUAUUAUUUCACAGAAUCACAGAUCAGGGAGUUGCUCGAAUCCUUUGGACCACUUCGGGGUUUUGAUCUGGUUAAAGAUAGAGAAACCGGGAACUCCAAAGGCUAUGCAUUUUGUGUUUACCAGGAUUUAUCAGUUACAGAUAUUGCUUGUGCAGCUCUUAAUGGGAUAAAGAUGGGUGAUAAAACGCUCACUGUCAGGCGUGCUAAUCAGGGUGCAACGCAACCUAAACCCGAGCAGGAGAGUGUGUUAUUGCAUGCGCAACAACAAAUUGCAUUACAGAGACUCAUGCUAGCUCCUACUAUUGCACCAGCGACAAAGGUUGUUUGCUUAACAAAUGUGGUUACCCCGGAUGAGCUCAAGGAUGACGAUGAUUAUGAAGAUAUACUUGAAGACAUGAGAACUGAAUGUGGGAAGUUUGGUACGCUGGUGAAUUUGAUAAUCCCCCGCCCAGUUCCCGGUGUAGAAAAUGCACCAGGUGUAGGGAAGGUCUAUUUGGAAUAUGCGGACACUGAGAGUGCUGUGAAAGCUCGCCAAGGACUGAAUGGAAGGAAAUUUGGGGGAAAUGAAGUUGUGGCAGUUUUCUACCCAGAAAAUAAGUUUUCGGAAGGAGAUUACAGCGCAUAGUUCGUCUUGUAGGAAGUUUUAUGUUUCUAUUCUAAUUCUAAGCUUCACUUAUUUGGAUUUAAAGUAGGUUUUGUUGCAAAGGCCUGUUCUGAUUUAGUGCUGCACGUAACCACCUCUAAAACCAUAUGUAUGAUGUUAUGAUUAUAAUAGAAUGUUUAUAUUUUUUGUUCUCAAA